UAGCGUUCCGCCCCCAGUUUCAUGAAGUCGUUUGGCCUUUCACCUCCGACUGUUUUUCGCUUACUAGUAUCGGGAGCUGACUUUCCAUUGCAUGAAUGCUGCUCCUUCGUCGACAGUUGCGAGUCUCGCUUCACGCGGAUCGCGAACAAUGACAUCCAACAACACGGACAACAUCUUCAUGUGCCUCCUUUGUUCCGAGGGGUUUCGAAACGUGACAGCUUUGGAAAAUCAUGUUCGCAAACACCCUCGGGAGACUCAGACUCCGCCCUCCAAGCGGCAACGUAUUGGCUCUGCUCGAUCUGGACCACGCGCUUCUCAAGCUUGCCAUGCGUGCGCAGCGGCUAAGACCAAGUGUGAUAAUGGUGUUCGCUGCAAACGCUGCAUACGAAGGGACAUCCCGUGCAUACGCCACCAUCCCAUCUCAGAAUGUGAUGCUCUGCCCAACACUGCAGACGCUGCCGUCACGACAAACAACUCAUCAAGCACGCCUCCUGUCGCCACGGCCGCCAACAACUUCAGUGACGCACCUCAGCCUCAGCCUGAGCCCCAGGCUCACCCUUCUACGCCGCUGGAGAUGGCACGCUCGGUUGGCUCUACCGAAGUCGAUGCUGCCGCACAGGUAUACCAAGAUCAUGUCUUGCUCGAAACACCGUCGUUUUACGGCCUUCCUUCCAUCGAUCCGACUCAGGGCGGAAUCGAUCCAGAAAGAUCCACAGUCGACUUGGAUUUUUAUAAUAUCUUCGACUUUGAUGGCAAUCAUGACCUUGUCCUGAGUGCACGAGACCAGGAGUUCUUAUCGUCGCUCCCGCUCCCAUUCCGAGAAGCGCCCCGAGAAGCAUCCCUGGGUGCCGGUACAUCUCCCGCCAAAACGGUGAUAAGUUCAAUGGACCAAUCGAGUUCGCAAGAGGUCUAUGAAGCCUUCAAGCAGUCAAUAGGACGCUGGGACCCCGCCAAAACCAAUUCCAGGGCCGUAGAACAGCCUUCUCUCUACAUGGAUCGGAUCACCACUUCGAAGAUGGAUUGCCUUGGGAGCUAUGAUCCGAAUAUCAUCUCACAAAGCCUGACCCCCAGGAUACGAGAGCAGAUCUUGAAGCUUCUGAUAAAGUCAUGCGACCAAGACAACGUGAUCGACAUGAUCUCAUCUUUCCCAGCCGUUGAAGUUCUCGAUCGGCUAUUGAAGUCGUACUUGACGAGACAGGUCACAACCACAGAUAUCUGGAUCCAUGUUCCCACGUUCAAGGUGGAUGAAGUACGUUUGGAACUACUAGUCGCAUGUGUGGCCGCCGCCGCUUGUCUGUCUUCAAGCCGGCCCGUCCAAAAGUUUGGUCUGGCAAUGCAGGAGUUCCUGGUCUACCAUCUUUGGUUGGUAUCUGAAAAUUCAGGUGUAUUAACACGAGACCUACAGUCGCUACAAGCUUUGUCUUUGCAGCUUGAGAUGGGUCUUUGGUCUGGCGUCCGACGAAAAAUGGAAAUAUCCGAAAGCUUCAGCGGCAUCGUUACCAAUGCCUUACGAGCUGGUGGUCAUUUCAGAUGUGCAAAUUACUCGCCCAUCACGGUUACAGUCGAGGAUGAAGGUGAGAUACUGGAAACGAAGUGGAAACAGUGGAUCCAGCAGGAAUCUUUCAAAAGGCUUGUCUAUCACAUGAACCUCUACUGCACACGAUUGUCACUGGUGACAUCUGCGACCUCGACCAUGUCCUAUGCAGAAUUGUCGGUUCCAGUGCCUUUUGCACAUGAACUGUGGGUAGCAAAGUCGGCCACCGAAUGGAAACAGCUCUAUCUGCAGCUGGCAAGAGGCAGUCCGCCUGAGCCAAUAUCUUUCACGAACUUACUCCCCGAUCCGAUGACUCUUGGGUCACUGGGCCCGCUAUACGAUGGCUACUAUACCAAGUUCUGUUUACUGCAUGCUGUUUCCUCGAUGAUCGGAAGACACAAGCAGGAUCGAAGUAUUUUUGCGCCCAUUGACAAAAGCGCCACGCGAGUGAGCUCUUUUGCGGAUGAUGUUCAACAUCAGAGAAUCGUGCACAUCCUUAAGCACAUUAAACUGUGCUACGAGGAUCUGGAGCUUCGACACACGAUUGAGCUGGAUCUGCUGUUCCAUCUAUGCUCGAUGCAUCUGUACGCGCCUUUUGAGCAGAUGGAACUUGCUGCGGGCAAGGAGGGCCCCAUCGAAGCACAACGAGCCGAUCCAGCACUGCAGCGAUGGAUCUCCACUGGGGAUUCUAGACACGCUGCCUGGCAUGCGGGCCAAAUACUACGACUUUCUCGGAUGUGGACAUUCGACCAGUUGAAGCACUACGCGGUUGUGGCCGCCUACCACGCCGGGCUCUGCCUGUGGGUGUAUGGCGUAUUGUCCGAGCAGGGAAAGUCUGGAUACUUGCAGAAUCCUACAACCAGCGCAGAGCACUCGGGUUAUGUGAUGCUGGAUCAAGAAGAAAGUAUCCAGACUCAGCGAUGGAUUAGCCAUGCCCGUGGGGAUCCAGCUAUCUCAGGUCGUGCAGGAUCUAGAGAUGGAGACCAGGACACAAGCAUUGUCUCUAUUCAUUCAUCACAGUUGUUGCUCAGCACCCUGCUACAGGAGGUCAUGUCCAGGUUCGCCUGGAGGAAUAGUCUGUUUGUUGAGAAUAUUCAUCAACUCCUUCAGGCUCUGCAGAAAAUCUCACAUCGGGCCGACAAAAGCUGAGGUCAUGAAUAAAAUCAGUCUCUACAAAGUGAGUUUCGACAAUUUCGAGCGUGUACUCCAGAGCAGUUUGUUUCAGGCCAAAGUGAUCGAAGCCAUUGUGACAAUGAUUUGGGCAAUUUAGAUGCCACAUCGCCGCCCUCGACGACUGUUUGCACAGUUACUAGUACUCAUUUCCUUGAUCUACCACUUCCAUUGUCCAUUUUUUACAGCCCUGUCGACAUUGCUGCCUACUCACCGACCUCACGAUCCUCAGCCCAGUGGGCAAGGCGUUUGAUGAAGCCCCAUUUCCACGACGCGCUCCUCCAGUGACUGCCAAAGUAGUAGAAUGGAAUAAAACCGAGCAGGAUGGCACCUUCGAUACCACCCAUGGCGCCAAAAGCACCGAGAUAUCCGUCCUUCGCGACCCAAGGGUUGGUGUAGAAUCCCAAGAGGAAACCAAAGCAGGCUGGGCAUUGUCGUCAGUGGUGGAUGUCUCGGGAGGGAGAAGAUGGGGAGCCAUACCUUUGAACGUUGACUGUGUGACGAUGACCUCACCUGACACAGGGCGGUACGAGUCCAGGAUGUACACCAAAGACACGUUCAUCGAUUGCACAACGGUAAACCCGACUAGGGACAGCCCUGUAGUUUCAAACCAAAACCAGCGCCAUACAGAAUUCCGCCCAAUGGACCGGUGAUGACGCCGACGAAGAGGGCCGGCAGACGCAUCUCGGGGAUUCGGACGCCCCCGUUCCUCUGUGUGAGCUUGUCCGCAACCCAGUCGGAGAAAUGGCCUGCAAAGACAAUGGCGAUAAGCGAGCCGAUAGCCAUCGAGAUGAAUGUCAGACCCGCUUGGAGGACGGUGAAGCCGUAGAUGUUUUGGAACGCAGUGGAGAAGUUGGACGACAAGACGAUUAUCAUACCAACGGUGACGGAAUUGAUCAAGGUGGCCCAGAGGACGCCGGGCAAUGCGAGCAAGACGACCGGUCGGAACAUGAUCAGCCAAAUACUCUCCCCAGUAUAGACCUUGGGGAUGAGAGCAAACCGCUUGAAGUAAGGGGUGCGGCUGGUCCGGCCGCAGGCGCUCGGCGACGGAGGAGGAACUCGUGAUACGUGUUCGAACGACUUGUCGGAUUUCUCCAAGACUGUGAUCGGGAUGGGAACCGGGUCGACGACGGUGGCAAUGCUGCGGUUGUACGCGGUCUCUGGGACGGUGAAGAUCAUGAGCAGCAGGCAUAUAGCGGAUAGGCCGGUCAGGAUCCAAAAGACGACCUGCCAGGAGGUCCAGUUGAUCACAAUUCCCAAGAUGACGACAGCGAGACUGCUACCGAGCGCGAGGGCGCAAUUGUAGAUUCUGAUGGUGACAUUGUGAGCUUUUUUGGGAGCUGGCUCAAACAAGG